AAGGGGCAAUGUGAAGCGUCAAGACAAAAAAGUUAAUGAUAUGCAGGUGGCGAGAUGAAAUGAUAAUCUCAUACCGGCUUUCUUUUCCUUGUAACAAGUUACUCGCAUAGUUUUCAAUUUAAUACAUUUAAACUAUUAGUUAUUUUAUAAUAAUGGCCACACCCAGCCCCUCCUCCACUAAAAGUGUCUUUGUUACACCUCCACCAAAGCGACAAAGGGUCCAGGGUGAAGGGAUUGCUGCUCAAGUUGGGUGUACAAUUCUUCUGACAGGUUUAUGUAAAGCUGGGAAAACUACAAUUUCCAAUGAAGUGAGCAGCUUUCUUGGUGGUCACGGUUAUCUUGUGAAACAAUUGGACGGAAAGAAGUUACGGAGUGGAAUUUGCUCAAAGUUGGAUUUCGACAACCUUGACGAUCGGUCCGAGUUUGUACGUCUGGCCGGCGAAUCAGCAAAAUUGAUCACAGAGAUGGGAUACAUCUCUCUCGUCUCAAUAGUGGCACCACUUGAGAAGGAUCGGAAAACAGUUCGCGAGUCGCAUGAAAAUGAUGGUAUGAGGUUUCUGGAAGUCUUUGUGGAUCGACCCAGAAAAGAUUGUGCACACGGUCUUGAGAGAAACGUAUUGAACCAAAUUGAUGGCGAUUAUCAAACACCAACCACUGCUGAUGUUCACUUAAGACGAAGUGGAGAUAAUGUAUCCGAGCUGACAACACAGCUAAUAAAUGAACUCAUUUUAUAUAAAAUAAUUCCCCCCAUCUUCAAUUCACCACAAUCACCACAAUCGCCCUUGUCACCUUUUGGAACAAUAUCGUCACCAUCUACGUCAGCUACUACUUUCAACUCGUCUGGUUUAGAGUCAGAGUUUGAUGAUGAUGAUGAUGGUGUGACAAGUGCCACCACUCCCUUUAAACUUCCGCAAAAAGGAAGUGCUCUUCUUACCAUUUUCAACUAUGUGAAAUCAGUGAUGAUAAUGAGAGGAUAUAAGGGUGGAGGAGUUGCCAGUGCUUAUACACAUUCCGAUAAGUUUUUUUCCGGUCCUCUUUACCAACCCACUCUCACUGGUGAUGAAAUUGAGAUUGCAAAUUCCAUCACUAAUAAUUGGAGGAAAGACGUGGAUGUGUCAAAAAUGAAGGGGUGGACACCUGAUGAAAUUGCCAAAUAUCAAGAUCAACUUGCCCUAUUUAAACGAGUGGAGGCUGACUGUACGAGAAAGGAGGGCUUGGGAAUUGCAGCCCUAAUAAUAGCAGAGAUGAAGGGACAGUCCCAUAAUGACAUCCUCAUUCAACGAGACAACAAGAUAUAUGAGCAUAUCAAUAGUUUUGAAGAAGGAGAUCUGUUGUAUAUUCAAAAUGUCUUCAAGUUCCUAACUGGCCGUUCUCUUACAAUUAAUGUUGAUCAUUGUAACAAGUUAGAAUUAAAGGAUAUGUUUUUAUAAAAAAAUUGAA